UUGCAUCCUAACAAACUCUACACACACAUAUGCUUCCUAGUACCACCCUAUUUAUACCACCCCAUCACCCUACCUUGUCACAGCCACAUCCCUCGUUUCCUUAGCGAGAAAGAGAACCUGAUCGAUCCGUCGCUAUAGCAUAGAGAGAGAGAGAGAGAGAGAGAGAGAGAUAGAUAGAUAGAGAGAGAUGAGGAACCACCACAAGCUAGCUCCUACCACCCCUUCCUCCUCAAAGAACAACCACAGCAGCAACAAGGCGGAGCAGCCACACCUCUCGGGAGCUUACAUUAGGAGCCUCGUGAAGCAGCUCAGCUCCUCAGCUGCAGCAAGAUCCAAAGACCACAGCACCAUGGUGGGCACCAAGCCACAUAGCCACCAGCCGCCGCCACAAGAAGACGCCCUCUUGCAGCAGCAGCAGCAGGCCCAAACAGCACCACCACAGCAGCAGCAGCAGCAGCCACACAAGAAGCAGGUGAGGAGGAGGCUGCACACAAGCAGGCCGUACCAGGAGAGACUGCUCAACAUGGCAGAGGCAAGGAGAGAGAUUGUCACCGCUCUCAAGAUCCAUAGGGCCUCCAUGAGACAAGCCAAAGAGCUGCAGCAGCAGCAGCAACAACAACAGCUGAUGCAUCUGCAGCUGCAGCGACAACAGGAGGUUCAUCAUCAUCCAGCGCAAGAGCCAAGCCAAGCAGCAACCGGAGCUUCGUCGUCUGCGCCGAGCUACGCUUCCUACUCAGAUUACCUGUACAACUCUCCAUUUUCGCAUUUCACUGCCCCUACUCCCAGUAGCUACUCUUCGUCGUCCCCACUGAUGAUCACUUACGACGACGCACCAGUCGCGCCGCCGCCCAUGGUCGUCAGUUCUGAGCAUAACCUAGAUGACCAGCUGCUCCCUGCUCUCCCCUUGCAGCCUCUAGGUCUAAACCUUAGCUUCCAGGGAUUCAAUAGUUGUAGCUCCGCCGUCGCCGGUGACGACACCAAGCAGAACAGCACCUGCUCUUUCGAUCCUCCGUUGCUCCAACCGUCACCAGGUUCCUCCUAUUCGGUCUACUCCUCUCCCCCGGUGACGAUGGCGAGCCACGACCUGUCCGCUGUCGCCAUGGAGAACACCUCACUGGCAGCAGCAGACGCGUCGCUGCACCGGGUGCUUGACGACGAGGAGAUGGCGGCUAUCUACUCGAUCGGGCAGCAGCACGACAUUGAGUGGAGCGAUACCAUGAGCCUGGUCACGUCAGCGUGGUGGAGCAAGCUCCUUGAGAGCAUCGAAGACAAGGGCAACGGGACAGCAGCCGAUCAGGAGGCCGGUGGAGGUGCUGCCAGUGCCAACAUGGUGAUGAUGAUGGAGGAUCCGUCGUCGUCGUUGGUGGACAUGCCCGAUUGGGCCAGCGAUAACCUUGGCCAUGAGGCUACCCAUGAAAGCAACUCUAGUUUUCCCGGGAUACAUUUGAAUGACUACUACUACCAUCAGGACGAAGAUGUCUCCUUGCCCUUGCCCCGCAUGGACAUUGGAGAUAUCGAAGGAUGGGAUACAGAAUGGUUCUCUUGACUGUAAUCGAUGAUCUGUCAUAUAUGGGAAGCAAUUUAUCGAAGUUUUGAGCAAAAUUGCUGCCUCUUGACAUGCUUUUGUUGUAUCUCCAAAAAAUAAAGGUGUCCACUAGUAGUGAUAUAUUGAAAUGGCAAAGAUUUGAUCUCAAGGAUUGUUUAUUAACUAAUCAAGGCGUUGAACAUCGUUAGUCUAAGCAUGUCUCUUGAUGGAAUAUCAACCUUUUAUUUCUUUGCGACAUCCAUGUUGAUGUAUGUACUUAUUAGUGUUAUCUAUGCUAAUCAACAGUUGUGACA